CCAAAUAACAAAUCAACGAACUAUUAUUUCUAUAGUGCUAAUUAAUACUCUCUCUCUUUCUCUCUCAAUGGCAUUGAACGUUGUUGUAGUGUUGUUCAUUGCAAUGCUUGUGUUGAAAGAGCAUAAUGCUAUGGCUGGUGUGAUAGAUUGUGUAAAGAAUUACACAACUAUUGAGAACUUAGCUAAGUGCAUCCUUGACAGUGGCAUACCCGGCACACCAUGUACAUUUCAAUGUUUAACUAAAUCUCAUGUUGAGGACAUACCUAGCUGUAUCCUCCAUUGCUUUUUGCCAUGGGGAACAAUUUCUGAUGAGACUUCAAACCCUACUACUACUGUUUAUAAGAUUGGAUGUUCUCUUGGUCUUUGUUCCAAAUUUCUCAAUGAUAAUGAGAUAUUUGGAACUUGCAUGAAAAGCUGCAGUGAGAACUAUUGCAUUGGUGGCAAUAUUGCUCUAGAAAAGCUUAAGAAGAAGCACUAAUUUGCUCCAAGAAAUUAUGUCCACAAAGUAUGUGUCUCUCUAUGACACUAAACUAUGUACUAUGCUACUAAAUACUUUUGUUGUUGUAAUUUUCUUAAAUGUGCUUUAAUCUUUAUGUGUUGGUUGAAUAAAA